AGAAAGAAAAGAAAAGAAAAACCACACACACACUCAACAGAAAGAAAUAAAAGUUUGUCUCUCUUUGGCUCCAUCUGCGCUUAAAGUCUACAAGAAGUAGUGAAAACCCAAGUCGCAGAAGCGCGCGCUCUGAUUUGGUUGUUUACCAUCAAUCAGACGGUUGCUUGGCAGACACUGGAUGGUUAUGAGCCUGAACAAGCUGAAAGGGGCAGGAAAAGAAGUGGAGGCAGCAUUCUUCCUAUUUAAAGCUGCAUCGCUUGAAAAAAGUUUUCGCAGACUGUGCCGGAGCUGGUGCUGAAACAGGCUGAGGCGGCCUGGGGGCUGGUGCUGAAAAAGAGCCCUCAGCGGAAUUCAUGGUGCUACAGUGACCUCAGUAUCUACUCUUCGUUCCCAGGACCCACAUGUCUCAGAUUUAGACAUGAUGGCAAACUGGGUGGUAGCAAGACCUCUCCUCAUUCUCACUGUUUUAUUAGGGCACUGUGUCUCAAUAAAAGCCCAGGAACAAGAGAAUG